GGAGAUAAACGUGAAUACAAAGGACUGGUACUCAGGAAUGGCCUAAAAGUCCUACUAAUCAGUGAUGUGGAGGCAGAUAAGUCUGCGGCCGCACUGGACGUGGCGGUGGGCUCGAUGUCGGACCCCCGGGAGGUGCAAGGGUUGGCCCACUUUUUAGAGCACAUGCUAUUCUUAGGCACCGGUAAAUACCCCGUAGAAAACGAUUACCAUAAAUACAUCGCAAGUAACGGGGGGUCAUGUAAUGCCUAUACGGCUGAGACUCAUACCAACUAUCACUUCGACAUAUCCACGGACUUCUUGGCCGGUGCUCUCGACAGAUUCGCGCAGUUCUUCAUUGAGCCGCUGUUCACAGAGAGUGCGACGGAAAGGGAGAUGAAUGCCGUGCACUCGGAAUACGAGAAGAAUAUACCGAUGGAUAGCCGAAGAUUAUCUCAUUUACAGAGAUCACUAUCAGAUCCCACUCAUGAUUACAACAAAUUCUCGACCGGAAAUAUGGAAACUCUUAAAGAGAUUCCUUACGCCAAAGGCAUUGAUGUCCGCCAGGAGUUACUGUCGUUUCACGAGCGCUGGUAUUCAGCAAAUAUCAUGUCUUUAGUCGUUUUGGGCAAAGAAAGUAUUGAAGAAUUGGAGGCAUUAGUGAUUCCGUUGUUUUCGCGAAUUAAGAAUAACAGUGUAAUCGCUCCCAAAUGGACUACUAAUCCAUUUCCCGACCUUUUCCUACAAAAGCAAUGCUAUGUUGUGCCGAAUAUGGACACCAGGAGUCUUACUAUAACAUUCCCAAUGCCUGAUAUGGUUAACCAUUACAAAUCAAAACCACACCGUAUGCUGACUCACCUCAUUGGACACGAAGGGCCAGGUAGUUUGCUAUCGGAGCUAAAAGGGCGCAACUGGUGUACCAGUCUAUCGGCCGGGCAUUCGGUCGGGAGCUACCGGGGGUUCGCUUUCUUUAAUAUUGGCGUUGAUCUGACUGAACAGGCUAUGGAUAGCAUCGAUGAUAUCAUUUCAUUGGUCUUCCAAUACAUUAAUUUACUUAAAAGAGAGGGUCCGAAGCAAUGGAUUUUCGAUGAAUUGAAACAAAUUCGAGAAAUUAGGUUCAGGUUUAAGGAAAAGGAGAGACCCAUGGGUUAUGUGAUCGACCUUUCCCAUGAUUUGCAUGACUUCCCUUUUGAUGAGUGUCUGAGUGCCGGAUAUUUGUUGGAUGAGUUUAGACCCGAUUUGAUCACUGAUUUACUCAAUCACUUGACUCCGGAUCGCAUGCGAGUGACAGUUGUGUCCAAACAGUUCACCACAAUUGCAGACCAGACAGAGAAGUGG